ACAACUAUGCAAAUAUUAUUAAACAUUCUCAAGGUGAAAAUAAGAUCACGGAAACAACAGUAAAGCAGACGGUUCCUCAUAAAAAGGAAGAAAAGGUACUGGCUUCCAAAAAGUCAGAUGUUCUAUUUAACAAAGAUUCUACUGAUACAUACAGUACAACCUCGAUAAUCCGAAUACAUGCUAAUCCGAAAUCGCGAUAGUCCGAAAUAAUUUCGUUCCUCGACAAUCGAACUGUCGAACUUCUCAGUACAUAGGCUGUUAGUUUCGAAAAUAUGAGAUAAUUCAGAAAUUAGACAACGGACGAAGUCCAGUGCAGCUCGUCGCAGAAUAUGGAGUUGGGAGGUCAACCAUCACAGAUAUAAAGAAACAGAAGACCCAAAUUGCUGAAUACAUGAAUUCUCAUCAACAACAAACAACACAUCUGACUUUGAAGACGGCCAAGCACCCCAAUGUAGAGACGGCGUUGUACACGUGGUUCCUGCAGCAGAGGACCAAAAAUGUGAACAUUUCGGGCGAAAUCCUGCAAGAAAAGGCGAAAUUUUUUUACGAAGAAAUUACGGGACGGGACGACUUUGCGGCAAGUUCUGGUUGGUUGGAUAAUUUUAAAAAGCGGUUUAAAAUUCGUCAGUUAACCGUUACGGGAGAAAAACUUUCGAGCAAUUUUGCAGCAGUUGAUCCAUUUCAAAAAAUAUUUCUAAAUAAAGUGCGGGAAAUGAAUUUGGGUCCGGAACAAGUGUAUAAUGCCGAUGAAAGUGGGCUAUUUUGGCGGGCGCUACCCAAUAAGACAUUAGUACAUAAAGACGAAGACUCAGCUCCGGGACGAAAGAUAAGCAAGGAUCGGCUUACUUUCAUGCCAUGUGCAAAUGCAUCCGGAUCUCACAAAUUAAAGCUGUUCACAAUUGGAAAAGCUGCCAAUCUUAGAGUAUUUAAAAACUGUCGAAAUAAGUUGCCCGUGAUUUACAAAGAUCAGAGAUCUGCUUGGAUGAAUCAAGAACUUUUCAAGCAAUGGUUCCAUGAAGAGUUCGUUCCCUCAGUGCAAGCUCAUUUAAAGCAAAUCGGUUUACCUCCUCGUGCUCUUUUGCUGCUGGACAAUGCACCUAGCCAUCCCGAACAAAAAUAACUGCGGAGCAGAGAUGGUCUAGUCUGUGUCUUAUAUUUGCCACCAAAUUGUACCCCAUUGUUGCAGCCGAUGGAUUAACAUGUCAUUCAAGCUAUUAAAAUGCACUACAGGAAGCAGCUUCUUCUUCAUUUAAUUGCUGAUGAUACCGAACCUGCAGAAGCAUUAAAAAGUUUCAAUUUAAAAAAUGCAAUUUUUAAUCUCCACACGUCGUGGGAGAACGUCAGCACUGAAUUAAUAAAAAAAUCAUGGAAAAAGCUUUGGCCUUUAAAUAUCCAUGAAAAUUUGGGCGAUGAAUACGAUGACGAAGAAGACUUGAUGCCAUUAGCAGAACUAAGGAGAAGAGCGAUAUCAGAUGAGCGAGAAUUUGAAGAAAUGACGGUUCUGAUGAAUGUCAUCUCAUCAGGACCGGAUCUUGCAGCGAAUGAAGUUAGAACAUGGGCCUUGGGCGACGCAGCUGAAAAUGAGCAAAUAACAUUUUCU